AUGCCUCCUCCUGGAGGUUACCGCCAAUUUAAUUUCCACAGGACUUUUCCAAAAAUUGUUUGGAGACGUAUGUUUUAACUCCUUUGCUUUUUUUUUAAACUUCUCACAAUACGUGAAUUUCAUUUUUUUUUCCAGCGGGAGUUGUUGUGGCCACAAUCUUCGGAGCUUCUGCUUAUGGUGCGUAUGCCGCAAUUCAAGAAAAGAAGAGAGCAGUGUUUGGGAGACAAUUCUAAAAAAAAAAAUCUUCUUUUCAUUUUAGGACUGAGAAGUUUGAAGACGUCGAUAUCAAUACGGCUCUUGAACCUUUCUUGAAAGCAGAACGAGACCGCUAGUCAGUUGUUUCAAACUCUUUUCUCUGUAACAUGAUCAGUUCCAGUUGGUUAAAACUGAUCGCCAAAAAUCGAGACUUGGAGGAAGAGGUGAUGAAAGACGUUCCCGGCUGGAAGACCGGUAUCGUUUUUUUUUUUUCAAAAAUUUCAAGAUCGAAGUUUUCAUUUCAGGUACGUGGUAUGGGGAACCUGUCUAUUUCACACUAGGAGAUAAAUGGUGGGAUCCGGCUACACGAGAGGUUCGUAUAUAAUUUUUUUUUAAAUUCAAAGUACAUACGGGUCGAAAAUCCACGAAAUAACGGCGAAAUAUGAUAUCAGUAAGCUAGUCUUAUUUAUGUGGAUGCGAUUGGCAUAAAAAUGGAAUGUUGACCGCUCUCACACCGUUUAACAUUUUUUUUUAAAAUUUUUAGUUCAAUUCGAAGAUUGUCAAGGUAAUGGCGCGUUCAAAGCUACGUUGAGAAAUUUGAAGAAAUUUGGCGAAUGCGAUUAAGGAAGUCACUUAAGAACACUUAACAGCUUCUGAUAGAACCCUUGAAAUCUUCUAAUCAAUUCGAAUGUUCUCAUCAAUUUUGAAGUUAACAUGCGAAGUAUUGACGGGGAUUUGAAAAGGAGAUUCAAUGCGCUCACAAAAUCUGCUUUGCAUCUAUUUGAAGCCUGGAAAACCAAGAUAUUUUACUAAUAAUGAAUAAAUGACCCUCGAAAAGGAAAUUAAGGUAAAAAAAGAUCUUUACGAAGUAAAUUCUCUGACAAGGGAAGUUUUUCUAGCCCUUCGGUUUGAUAGAACUUGACGGAAGUAUACUUCAGAAAUUCCUGAUUCGAGGGAAAAAAGGCUCUAGUUUCCAAGUUUGAUAACGUUUCUAAGUCAGCAAAAUGCACAAUGAAUAAGGAAAAACGUUUUUUUUUAAUUGGAGCGUUAUAACUACAGAAAAAGAUCUAUUGCAAUAUUAUUCAUCGUGAACACUUUAUUUCUACAAUGCUAAAAUUUUUAAAAAAUCGUAAAUAUUAUUUUCUAUGCAUUUAAUAGAAGCUAAAUGUUGGGAUAAAUUCCUAACUUUGUUUAGAAAAAAUAUUGACGGCGCUAUUCUUUGAAAUGAACCCAGGAAAUAUGGAGAAAGCGUUUUUAUCUUUUAUUUAAAAGAAUACCAAGUAGAGGUUUUCAGGUGUUCGCCCACUCAUAUCAGUUCAACGAAAAUCGCGAUCUGCUCUGGAGGCAGCACUCUGAAUACGCCGGGCCGAAGUUCUACGACAACUGGUUUCCAAAAUCGAUUUCCAAGUACUUCUGGUAG